AUGGUGGCAGUGGACCUCCAAGGGCUGCCUGAAGAGGGGUGGAACUACCAUCAGUUGCGUCGGCCCUCCAUGGAAGGGGGGCACCACCAGCUGUGUCGGCCCUCAAUGACCCCGUGCCCGAGCAGGGGGCUGCCCCAGAACCGUCCCCAGCAGACCCGCAAAAAGCUCCAAGUCAUCAUCUUCAUCCUGCUGGUGGAGCUGUUUGAGAGGUUCACCUUCUUUGGGAUUGUGUGUAACAUGAUCCUGUUCUGUACGGUGAAGCUGGGCUAUGAUCACUACCAGGCUGCUACCGUUAACCUGUGCUUUGUGGGGGCCAGUACACUCACUCCAGUGAUGGUGGGAUGGUUUGCUGAUACUUGCCUUGGGAGAACCAAGGUGCUCUACUUGUGUACUCUGCUCCAUCUCUUUGGCACAGCCAUGCUCCCAGUGGUGGCGUUCCCGUUCGAAGACUUCUACAUUGACACGCACAACAUGAUUCACCAGAUGGAGCACCGGGAGCAGCACAUCCUGUUCUACACUGGCCUGCUUGCAGCUGCCCUGGGCAUCGGGGGCAUCCGUGCCAUCCUCUGUCCCAUGGGGCCAUACAAACUACAGGGCUACGACCAGCACCAGCUACUCUCCUUCUUCAACUGGUUCUACUGGCUGGUGAACCUGAACUCGACGAUAGUGUUUUUGGGUAUCGCCUACAUCCAGCAAUCGGUGGCCAACAACCUGGGCUUCCUCAUCCCCUUCAUGUCUGUGCUGCUGAUGCUCAUCGCCAUACACAUGGUCAGCAACAACCUUAUCUUCAGGCCCAAGAAAGGCAGUUCCCUGCUGACCACUCUGGGGGUGUUCCUGAACUCUCUGAAGAUGUGCUGCCUGCACUACCGCCACCUGAGUGGAGACGUAGCCAGCUGGCUGGACCGCGCCAAGGAGAACAACGGGGGGUGCUACAGUGAGACACACGUGGAGAACGUCAAGGUCCUGGCAAGGCUCUUCCCCCUGUACGGCUUGCAGAUACUGUACCGCGCCUGCAUCACUCAGAUUCCAUCAGGUUACUACAUUCAGACCAUGAACUCUAACCUGCACCUGAAUGGCUUCCUCCUGCCCAUCGGUGCCAUGAACCUCAUCAGCAUCCUACCUCUGCUGCUGCUGGCCCCUCUCAUGGAGUGUGUCACCUCCUGCUACCUGUCCAUGGAGAAAACACCCUUCUCCCCCGCCAGAGUCAUCACACUAGGUCAUGCCUGUGCAGCUCUGUCUGUCCUGGUAGCUGGCCUGUUUGAGGUCCACAGGAAGGGCUAUCCUCUGACGGAGCAGGCCCUGUCAGGGAAGGUGCUCCAGGUGUCCUCCAUGGCCUGCAUCCAGCUGGCUCCCCAGUACAUCCUACUGGGUCUGGCUGAGGCCCUUGUCACCCCCUCCUGCUCUGUGAUCUCCUUCCACCUGACACCCAGUCAUAUCAGAGACAUCUCCCUGCACUUCCUCACCCUGUCCUACGGAGGGGGCUGUUUCCUGGGAGCCCUCAUCAUCCAGCUGGUCUACAUACUCUCUGGAGGUAACUGGUACCCAAACACACUGCAUGAAGGGAAUCUGGAGCAUUUUUUCUUCUUCUUAGCCAUGUUGAUGACCAUAAACACUCUGGUGUUCUGGUGGAUAUCUUACAGGUACCUAGACCUGAGUGUGGUGCAGAGUAGCCGAGUAGGAAGCAACCUUCUGGCAGAGAAGCUACUGCAGUACAAGACCUGCCUGCGAUUCUACGACACCAUGGAACGCUCCUCCACAACAGCCUCCAUAGAAACAGUGUUGUGACCUCUACACUACCUUCAUCCCCUGUAGAGCUGGAGUUCCACUUGGUUUAUUUAUGUACACUACAUGACCAAAAGUAUGUGGACCCCUGCUUGUCAAACAUCACCCAACAUCAUGGGCAUUAAUAUGGAGUUGGACCCCCCUUUGCUGCUAUAAAAGCCUCCACUCUUCUGGGAAGGCUUUCCACUAGAUUUUGGAACAUUGCUGUGGGGACUUGCUUCCAUUCAGCCACAAGAGCAUUUGUGAGGUCCGGCACUGAUGUUUGGCAAUUAGGCCUUCCCCAAAAAGCACAGAAUCAUCUAGAAUGUCAUUGUAUGCUGUAGCGUUAAGAUGUCCCUUUACUGGAACUAAGAGGUCUAGCCCUAACAGUGAAAAACAGCCCCAGACCAUUAUUCCUCCUCCUCCAACAAGCUUUAUACUUGGCACUAUACAUUGGGGCAGGUAACGUUCUCCUGGCAUCUGCAAAACCCAGAUUCGUCCGUUGGACUACCAAAUGGUGAAGCUUGAUUCAUCAUUCCAGAGCAGGCAUAUCCACUGCUCCAGAGACCAAUGGUGGCAAGUUUUACACUACUCCAGCUGACGCUUGGCAUUGCACACAUGAUCUUAGUCUUGUGUGUGGCUACUAGGCCAUGGAAACCCAUUUCAUGAAGCUCCUGAAGAACAGUUAUUGUGCUGACGUUGCUUCUAGAGGCAGUUUGGAACUCGAUACUGAGUGUUGCAACCGAGGACAGAUGAUUUCUACGCGUUACGUGCUUCAGGACUUGGCAGUCCCGUUCUGUGAGCUUGUGUAGCCUACUACUUCGAGGCUGACCCGUUGUUGUUCCUAGACGUUUCCACAAUAACAGCACUUACAGUUGACCAAGGCAGCUCUAGCAGGGCAGAAAUUUGAACUGACUUGUUGGAAAGGUGGCAUCCUAUAACGGUGCCACGUUGAAACUCAAUGAGCUAUUCAGUAAGGUCAUUCUUCUGCCAAUGUUUAUCUAUGGAGAUUGCAUGGCUGUGUGCUCAAUGUUAUACACCUGUCAGCAACUGGUGUGGCUGAAGUAGCGAAAUCCAAUAAUUUGAAGGGGUGUCCACAUACUUUUAUAUAUAUAUUGUAUGUACAGUACUGUGUAUUCAUUUAAUUUCAUUGAUCCUAGGCCGUCAUUGAAAAUAAGAAUUUGUUCUUAACUGACUUGCCUAGUAAAAUAAAUCAA